UUCAAGUAUGAUAAACUUCAUCCACCGAAUUCCGUACUCCCAUUGACAGUGAACUUCGAGCAAUUAUUUCGACCGUUUCCCAUUGCUCCGUACCUUUCUGGCAUUAUUCGUACGAAAUUAUCCUUUUAUAUCCGUCUAAUUUGCGUAACGUUAACUAUGGAUGUACUCACUGAACUUCCGGUCGAAGACGUUCAGGUGAUGGAAUGGAGAGGUGAACCGGAAAACACUGGCUUAUUGUUGCGACUGCCGUUCGAAGUGUUGCGCCGCAUUCUGGUGGAGUAUGUCGGUCCCGAGGGAACUGCGAUGCUUCGUCAGACAGGGAAGCGAAUGAAUGAUCUGUGCUCGACCGAUGACAUCUGGAAGGAUUUCUGUUGCAAGGAACUACGCUUACGGCCCAAGGAUUUAAAUAUCCCCUACAAAUACUGGAUUUGUGAGGAUGAAUCGGCGCAUCCCCAAAUAAUCCCGAGCGAGCUGUACGAUACGGCGGAACUGAAGCGCGGAUCUCCAUUGUCCUUUAUGGAUGCUUAUACCCAGCUAAUACAUCCAUUCCGUGGCUUGCUGAACUGGUUUCUUGUUUCUCGUGGCUCCACUUGGGACGAUAUUUUAACCAUAACAUUUGAAAAUGGUCUCCUACACGGCGAGAUUUGGCAGUUAUCAAAGGACUUAACCGCGCCAAUGAUCCCAGUUUCGGAUUUUACACUCUUUAUUGAAGAGGAAACGGAACGUGUACUGAUUCGCAAUGAUUUCAUUUUUACCAUCCUGUCUGCACCAGAAGUACCACUGAAGAAGUUAAUUACUACCGGUUUUCGUCCGCCGGCUCAGCGUCCGACUCAUGCUGUUUUCACUUUCCGGUCUCACCGGCAUCACGCCAGAAGGUGGAAAAUGAUCCAGGAUUUCAUCACGGCACAAGGAAUUUCCUGGCCGGCUUCCUCGUCUAAUCAGCGACCGUUCGAAGGCCCUCUAGCGUACAGUAAAUUGGAAGAUAUGUUUGAUAUGACCGAUGUCCGAGCUGGAGGCCGUCAGCACAGCGCUCGCAUGUUUUAUCCACACCGAGCUGUGAUGCAGCCACCACUCGGACCAUUCUGGAGCAGCCUUCCAUCGGGACUUUUCAAGGGAGCCUUUGGCCCUAUCGGAAAUCAACUAAUUACGGUUGUCUGGGGUCGCAUGCCGGGCGCCAGUGAUGCCGUUACGGAUUUCCUUACCGGCAUCAAGACAACCGGCCAUCUACACCGACCAGCGGGUACAUGUUUGUUCCUUUUCAAAAUCGCCAACCAAAUUGUUUGCACCAGUACCGACGACCAGAAGGAUCCAGAAAAACUGGAAGCAAUGGCUCACGGACCAUUCGUCAAAGUCCCUUCCGGUUGUACGGUCGAAGCCGUGCAACCAUUUAAAAUGCCUGCUGGUGUCCAGCUUCCGCUAUCUCUGGAUGCGAAUCUCAUCCCAGACACGUGCACUGCUCGAUUUGUGGGACAGGGAGCAAUGGCCAGUCGCACAGAUGAACAUGUUAAUUUUGAUGUACCCGCGCAUAUGAUUGUAUUUAGCCCAACGAGAUUUAUGGUUUUGUGGCUGGGACUAGUCAAAGUAGCUGUACUAUUUGAAAAAAUCUCGACGAAUGACAAAUUUUGCAAAUAUGUUUAGUUAAAUCAUACGAUUAUGUAAGAUACGAUCAUAUGCACACUUGUAUGAUGUGUAAUUGUUUUUCAUCUGCUCAAAAGGGAUUCCAUGCAAGUUUGCAUCACGUUAUGUUCAGCAAUUUUUGUUGUAAGAUGUUAAGCGAUUUUGUGCUAUAGUUACGUACAGUGUAUUUACCAUAGAAAUACAAAUUCAGUUGGCAUUUCUGGCCUAAGUGAUAAGACUUACGACUGUUGAAUAUGUCGCGAU